AUGCCGCCCUCGACACGCCGCGAGGUCCGCCUCAGCGCCAGCCUUCCCGACAACAUGGCACACGUUGGCGGCACGCAGCCUUCCGACCAAAGUCGGUCCGCCAAUCUCUUCAUGCCCAACAUCGAGUCCAUCCUCGAGAACUUUGAGCUCUUCAAACGCAAGCACAUCUCUCAGAACAGGGAGAUCAUCAAGGCCAACGCCGUCCACCAACUCCGCAUUCGCGAGCUCGAAAACAGGAUACAGACGCUCGAGGCCGAAAAGGCAGAGGCUCGUCUGCACACCGUCGGUCUCGAAGCCACCGUGAGCCACCUCCACCACGCCAUGGCAUCCAUAUACGCAGGCUGGCACCUCAUCGGAAAGGGUUUCGCCAACAGCACCUCCGACCCUGCCUCCAUCCCAAGCUUUCACUUUGACGCACAGCCCCUCUCCUGGCCCCCGUCCAACAGAAUCAAGCUAGAGCCAAACCCCAACACUGCCGCCGUCGUCAAGCAAGUCGCCACCGCGCCAGGCGGACAUGUCGGCCGGCUCGAAGAAGAGCUCCUUCAAGGCCCGACGGAGGACGCCGUCACGGCAGAAUCGAAUUCGAAUCACAAGGCAUGGCAACACUCUGUUGGCGCUUUGCAGUCCGCCCGACAUCCCACUGUCGAUGCAUCCAUCAUCGAUAUUGGAGGGGCUCCUUCACCCAUGGGCAGUCCUCAACUGCCCGACGAGCUAGAAGACGCCAUCGCUGCCGCCGCUGAACGCACCAUGUCCCAGGCCUGGUCGAACCGAGGAGGCGCAGCCACCCCCGUUCCCAAGCCGCUCUCCCUCAACAUGUUCUUCUCAGCACCCCAAGAUUCCGAAUCCAUCGACAAUUCAAACCGGCAGGCUCUGCGUCGUUCAGGUCGCAAGUCGAGUCGCAGGCAGAGCGGCUUCAUCGCGUCGCAACCCGAACAUGAUCCGCAAGGCAACGCCUCUGACUUUCCCCACCACGAGCGCGAAUCGUCUCCGCCUCCGACCUCCGACCCGCACGACGAUCAGUACCUGCCCUCAGAGGCCAAUUCCGAGGCGAUGGACGGCAUCCUGGCGUACAACGGCCAAGAGGCAACUCUUAUCAACCGCCCUUCUGCCUUCCAACAUCCUCCGACCCCUUUCCUUGACAUCACCAACCACACCGCCGGCACAUCCUACCUGGACGCCGCAUCCGCACAACAUACUGGCCGUGAGCCUGUUCCGGCGCAAGAGCCUUCGUCCAAACCGUCCACGACCGACACGCCCUACGCGUGGCCACGCGAGGAGCCCGCAGCUGCAUCGUCGUCAUCCGAGGCGCGCACUCCUGGCGGACGAAAGCGCAAAGUGCCGACACACGAGCUGCCAGAACCGCUCCCCACGCCAAUGCGACUCUUCGGCACGGCGGCAUCAUCGGACGCAACUCCCAUGGCCACCGCCCCGGUCGACAGCGAGUCGGACCCCGCCACCGGACGCACAAGAAGGGUACGCAAGAGCAUCAACUACGCCCUGCCAAAACUCAACACCAAAAUGAGGAAACCCGACCCGAGCGACUUGAUCCCUGCUACCACCCCUCAUCGAUCGAAUCGCAGCACGCCGAGCUCGGCUCGCGGCAUGAUCGGAAGCUCUGGCAACCUGAGCGACAUUCGCAAAUUGCACGAGGAGGCAGCGUUGCACCAGUCUCCCGCUGAGCGAACCUCAAACCUGCGCUUGACUGGCAGUCCAAGGGCCUCGACCAGCCGCGCAAAAUUGUUAGCAGCCCAACCGUUGACAGCACAAGAAGACGCCGGCGGCCGCAUGGCUGACCUCUUUGAGAUCCGACAGCAGGCCAAGAUGCUCGCCGACCAGUCCAACGCCUCUCAUCCAGCGUCUGGUCGCCCGCAUGCGUUCUGGGACAACGUCACAGACACAUCCGAUGACGAGUCGCGAGCCACGAGCAAUGCCGACUUGGGCGAGCUUGCCGAGUUGGAAGCCGCCAUGGGCGAGCUAUCUACGGUCGACGAAGCUCAUCAGGCAGAUACCCCCAGAGCCCCGCAAUCUUCCGCCUGGCCUUCUCGAUCGACUGUCCAGAUGAGCGCGUCAUCGUCCACCGACAGCAUGGUGUCGGGCUCAUCCGGUGGCAAUCUAGCCCAGCGUCCUUCAUUGAGGCGCAAGACAACCACGCUUCCGUCGCGGUCGCGCCAAUCAUCCGUCGAGCAAGCCUUGCCAUCCGACAAUGUCUUGGCCACCAGGCCCGGGCCGGAGUCUGCCACCACCAAUGCCUCUGCUAAUACUGCGCGCGCCAAGGUGGAAGGCGACGAGAAAUCGGCCAGUCCGAAGGAGUUGGACCUGGACAGAAAAGAACAGGCGCAAGGCAUUGCAAAAAACUCGAACCCCGGCGAAGUCAAGAGGGCCACACGUCAACCACCUGCGGUCACUUCCAGCGACACGUCCUCGGUCGAGCUUGGCAAAGGUCGUCCGCCACCGGCAGCAGCAGCCGGCAGUCUUGUUGCCGGCAUGAAGCCCAAGCAGAGGCCGGCUAGUGCAGGGGCGCUGCUAAGCUCACGUUCGGUAAGCGCAUCCGCGAGUGUGGACAGCAGCUCGGAACGGCCGCGCACCUUCUCCGGAGCCACAGCAGCCAAUGCCGGUAUGGCGCAGUCUCAGUCCUCAGCUGGACCCUCGGGUUGCACGCCUCGGUCUGCAGUCUCGACUGCACAACACCGCGCAAGCCUGCACUCUGCGCUCACGAGCCAAAGCAAAACGGGCGCGAGUCAGGUGACGCCACGGAUCGGCGCAAAGGGACUGCCUCCGACGUCCACUCCGACUUUUAGGGAGUCGCCCCGAAUGACGUCUACACCGAUGCUUCGCCCCACUCCCUCGGCCAGCAGUCUGGCCUCGGAAUCGAGCGGGCGCUCGAGCCCGGCGCUUUCGGUGACAUCAAGCACAAGUGCAGGCACUCAGCUCUCCUCUUCGACGCGUACGUCGAUGAAGACGUCGACGACUGCUACCUCUUCUGGGAAUGCGGCGCGAAGGCCAGGCACAGCCGGCUCCUUGUCGAGGGAUGACACCACGCCUAAAGUCGGCACGCAGAGCACAACGAUGCCCGGCGCACGACCGCAGCCCGCACGAUCGAUGCCGAGCCUACGUAGGGGCAGCGACAAGGCAGGAGUGACCUCGACGCCGCGGAUCACGGUGCGGUCCACCUCCUCGACGGCAGCAUCGUCUGGAGUAGGUGCCAAUGGGACUCUGGCUGCAAGUUCGGCUGCAACGAUUGCUGCAUCCAGAGUGGCGAGGGCCAUGUCGUCGGGCAUGCCCGUCAGGACCAAGGAAGCCGCCGCUGCGCCGAUGGGGCUUGGGAUCGACUUUAGCUCGGUGGUGGAUGAGGUAUCUGCCGGCAAGGAGCUGCUCAGCUUGACGGGAGAGAUCGAGCAAGUGGUGCAACUCGCCUCUUCGCCUCUGCGAGCAUCGUCGUCGCCGUCGUCGCGCUCGUCAGCGGCGCCGUCGAGCUCGCCGAGGAGCACGUACAAGGCGUCUCACGACGAUGGGCCGACGCUGGGCGGUUCACAGGCCAAGACACGUCGAACGAGUCGGCGGAUCAGCAGCAUGACGGCAUGA